CUUCGCAUCAUCUGUACUCUUUCUCACCUCCUGCUCCUCUGUCUGCUGUUUCUUCUCCAUGCGGGUGAAGCUGCAGAAGGUAAAAAACCAAGCGCCGAAAUAAAAUACGGAAAUGUGAAGCAGGUGUACGUGGUGAUGAGCAGCCAUUUUGACGAGGGGUACACCGAUUUUGCCGUGCCGGUUCUGAACCGGUACUUUCAAGAGUUUUUUCCCGCUGCGGUGAAAACGGUGGAGUUGCUGAAAAAACGACACCCGAAAACGGAACACACUCGCAACCCACCACGGUUGGUCUACACCUUGGACGGACCUUGGCUCGCUAGCAUGUACCUGCAGGACUGUGCCUUUUUGCAGAAAAAGGGCGUCAUUCCGGGUUUAAGUUGUCCGACGGAAGCAGAGCAGUACCAGUUUCGCCAAGCGUUAAAAGACGGC